AGUCAAAAGCAUGGCAGAGCAAAAUAAUUGCGCUGCUUUGUGUAAUUUCCAGUGCUCCCUUUUAUUAACCCCCAUCAUUUCUGCCUUCCUUAGCCUUGUAAACUUAGCCUUGUAAACCUCCUCUGCUCAUCAUCCUCUCCCCUUCCCUCCCCCUCGCCUUUGCCUCCCUACUGCAAAUGUCUCUAGUCUCCAUAGAAUCUCCAAAACACUGUGCCAAGCAAGGACUAAACGUCAACAAGCUAUCCAAGAAGCUUUUCUUUGCCUCUUCGGCAUUCUUCACCACACUUCUCUCACUAAUAUUGAUCAUCUGGCUUAUCCUGCGCCCUGCCAAACCUGAGUUCUCUCUCAAAGAGGCUGAUAUCUACCAACUCAGCCUCUCAGCUCCUAACCUUCUUAACUCCUCUAUCCAACUUACCCUACUUUCCAAGAACCCGAAUCAAAAAGUCGGCGUUUACUACGACGAAUUACAAGUUUAUGCUGCCUACAGGGGUCAGCAGAUAACUGUUGACUCCCCCCUUCCUCCAUUCUACCAAGGACAUCAGGAUAGCAAUCUAUUAACAGCAUCUUUAGUUGGAACUGGAUUGCCUGUGGCUCCAUCCUUCAAUUACGAAGUGGGGCGUGAUCAGACUGCUGGAAAACUAGUUCUAAAUCUAAGGGUUAAUGGAAGGAUCAGGUGGAAGGUAGGGACUUGGGUUUCAGGCAGAUACCGAAUCAAUGUUAAUUGCCUUGCAGUUAUGGCUCUUGGACCUACUCUUCCAACAGGACCUUUGAGUUCAAAGCAAGGGACUGCAUGCUCCACCACUGUCUGAAUAAGAUCCGCCAAGCAACAAACUAAGCUACUAGUGAGUUACUUAGUACUACUUGCUAAGAUAUUUAAUCUUGUGGUCUACAUGUUUUUGCUUCUCCGAAGUGUUGUAAAUUAAUUAUAGUACAAGCUAAGACUACAGUUAAUUAAGAUGAGAGUAUUAAUGAAACCUUGUGGAUUUUGCACUUUUA